AUGGGUGCCCACUGCCUCCCGCGCCUGGUUCCCGGGGGCCCCCGCGCUGGCACCCUGCUCCCAAGUCGGGGGCGCCGGGGUGGCGGUGCUUUCCCGGUCAAGGGCGCAGAGGUGGCGGCCAACUGGUGGGCGCACUUCCCUUGUGCCAAGAGGAAGAGCGGAGGCUCAGAAAUUCUGCCUCCUGUGACCAAUUUGAGUGUUUCUGUUGAAAACCUCUGUACCAUAAUAUGGACCUGGAAUUCUCCCGAAGGAGUGAGGCCGAAUUGUAGUCUAUGGUAUUAUAGUUAUUUUGGCAACCACCAGGAUAAGAAAAUUACUUUAGACUCUCGUCGUUUGGAAGAAGUGCCCCUGAAUGAAGACAUUUGUCUACACGUCAUCUCCCAGUGUGGCACCAAUGAAAGUGAGAAAACUUUGAAAGGGGAGAAAAAGUGCAUCUCACCUCCAGAAGGUGAUCCCAGGUCCGCUGUGACUGAGCUGCGAUGCAUCUGGUUCAACCUGACCACUAUGAAGUGUUCGUGGCUCCCUGGGAAUACUACAGGUCCCAACACCACCUACCUUCUCUACUAUUGGCACAAAUACCUGGAAACACCUCUUCAGUGUGAAAACUCCUAUAGGGAAGGUCAUCGUGUAGGUUGUUCCUUUAAUCUGACGGAUUCUCGUUUGGAACAUAGUAGCAUCCAAAUAAUGGUGAAGGAUAAUGUAGGAAAAAUUAGACCAUCAUUCAGUGUAAUAGCUUUAAAUUCUCAUGUGGUGCCUGCUCAUCCAGAUAUCAUACAGCUCUCCUUAAAAAAGAACAACUUGCUUGUGGAAUGGAAGAAACCUGGGGAUUUUAUGUGUGAAUGCUUAUCUUCCCAAUUUGAAGUCAAUAGCAGUCACAUUAGUUCUCCAACAAUUUAUACCGUUGAAGAGACCAAAUGUCAAAAUCCAGAGAAGAUAUCCCAGUUCGAGAUCUCUGCUUCUCUUGAUACCUCGACCACAGUCCGAAUAAGAGUCAGAACAAAUAAAUACUGCUAUGAGGAUAGUAAUCUCUGGAGCGAGUGGAGUGAAAUGGGGACUAUAGAUCAGAAGACCAGCUCCACAUUCUACAUCACCAUCGUACUCAUCAUUCCAGUCCUUGUGGCAGGUGCAGUCAUAGUCCUUCUGCUUUACCUAAAAAGGCUCAAGAUCAUUAUAUUCCCUCCGAUUCCUGACCCUGGCAAGAUUUUUAAAGAAAUGUUUGGAGACCAGAAUGAUGACACCCUGCACUGGAAGAAGUAUGACAUUUAUGACAAGCAAACCAAAGAAGAAACGGACUCUGUGGUGCUGAUCGAAAACCCGAAGAGAGCCUCCCAGUAACGGAGCCUUUGGAUUUGUCCCUUUGCCAUGUGAGCUUGUGAAGAUUCCUCCCGUUCUCCAUUUGUCACCUGGGAACUUUUUACCUGGAAACGGAAAGUACCGGGCCAUUUAAAACCAGGCAGCUCAUAAGAGCCACGGGUCUUCAUAGUGAAUCGUGCAUGGCUCCCCCACCCCACAAAAAAAAUUCCCUAAAAAUAAUGGGCCCUAUGGAAAAGAAGGUGGAGUCCUCCUCAUUGAAUUAUAAAAGCAGACAUCCUUUAGCAAGGCUUCCAACCUGAGGAAAAGCAAAACCUGAUUAUGGUCAUUGGGUUAUUAUCAAAAGUUGCGCCAGCUUCUUGAGCGAUCUCUACCUGCUUUGUAUUCUUUGUGUCAAACAGCACCACCAAAUUUUCUUGGGGGUGGGGUGUCAUUUUGGGUGGCUCAUGCUAUUAUAAACCUGAGUCAUCUCGCACAUCCAGCAAACAAAACUGAUAAAAAUC